GUGGCGGAGCUCAGGGAGAUCCCGGCACACAGGGUGAACGUGGAGAACCGGGCAGAGACGGUCUACCUGGACCUCCAGGUAUAGCCGGUCCCAGAGGGCCAAUGGGACCACCAGGACAGAGUUUGGCGGAAGCGCUUGCUGAAAUGAACACUGGUGAAAAAGGACCUCCCCCAUACAGAUUGUACUCCAGCCAAGGAUCUGGAAAAUCACAGGAUUCAAAUAAUGACGUUGGAGCCCAACUCUUCAAGACAGUGGAUAUCGAAUUCAUGAUAUCGCUUCUGGACAGAAAAAUUCAAACUUUCCGAGUACAGAAUGGGGACCUGGAACAUCCUGCCCGAUCAUGCCGAGAAAUCAAACUAGAUCAUCCUGAAUCUAAGAGCGGUGAGUACACGAUCGAUCCCAACGAAGGCUGCAGUAGUGACGCUGUCAAAGUUUACUGCGAUUUCGAGAAGAACGCUACCUGCGUUAACCCCAAAAAGACCAAGAUUGUUGUCGACGCCAAUGAAACCGGUCCAGGACAAUGGACAAACGAGGAUGAACCGAUCGAAUACAAACUAAACUCAGUGCAAAUGACAUACUUGCGACUUCUGAGCAAGAGCGCUUUCCAAGAGAUGAGCUACAGUUGCGCAAACUCACACAAGAGCUGCAUGGUGGAUCUUAAAGGCGAUAAUGAAAUGGUGGUCAAUAACUUGGAGAAGAUAGACCUUGAUGUUACAGAGACGUCUGAUAAUGGAAAUAAAAAAAUGAAGAUUGAAGUCUCGACCGCGCAGCAGAAUAACCUGCCGAUAGUGGACUGGGCACCACAAAGCAGCGUCGACUCCAAGCUCACUUUUGAAAUAGGACCAGUUUGUUUUAAGUAUUAGACAUGCGCGGAGUCAAACAAGAGAAGAACACCACCUGUAUUGUACAUUGACAAUUUUUCUGCCUAAUAUAUUAGCUAAGGAACAAUUAAAGAUCGUGUGAAAGCUUGUAGGAGAUCUGAAUAAAGCACGCGGUUGACUGGACGUUACUGAAUGCUGUUGAUUCUGUUUUGUUUGUUACAGUAGCUAGUCUUAAAAAUUGUAAUUUUGACAUGGAGUUAUUUUGUCUUACGCCGCGUUCAAAAUAUUUUAUUAUGAAAAUAAACUGUAAGUUUAUAUUC